UUCUGAUUCUGCCCAGUUACAUAACUUCCUGACUAUCUGUACAGACCUCCAGACCUCUAUGGUUAGCUAGUGGCAGUUUCUAGUGACGCAGAUCCCAGCUGCGUCACUUCCUGGGAUCAUAUGAUGACUCUUCUCUGCAUGCAGUUCCCAGAAUCCUCCUUGUCUCUUGGUCUGACCUAUCAUCCUGCUUGGCCAAUCAGUGUUUUAUUCAUCAACCAAUAAGACAAACAUAUACAGAUACAAUAGAAUAUACAGAAGAAUAUUCCCCACGAGUUCCCUGCUCAUUAUGGAGAUAUCUAGGUAAAUGGAGCGCAUCAGGGAAUCACAAAUUCUCUUUUUCUGGGGCCAGCUGACUUAGCAAUGGUCCUUGUCUUAUAGUGUACUGAGUGCUCCUUGUGGAGGGGAAAUGAGGCUGUAGAGACUUACUUAAUAGGGUUACAGUCAGAAAUGCUACAUUGUAGAUCAAAAUGUGAGGCACUGCUCAGAGCUCAGGGCCAGCCUGUCAGAAUGAGGCUAACAGAGAAUGAGGCCAUGAAAUAAAAUGGGUAUACAUAGCCUUGUUUAAUUUUAAAUCAGAGGAAAACAAGAUAUUCACUAAGAUGUCCCCUAAAGAGAAAGUGUGUCCUGUCUCAGUUUUUCUAAGAAAGAAACAAGGUCAAUACUGUGUUGGUUAUAAGUAGGGCUGAUCAGGAGCCAAGGAUAGAUUUAUCCUUCAAUGAUUAAUGUCUGGGAGCCUGUGCCACCCAAUGAUGUGGCCAGGUUGGGCUGGAGAUAAGAUGAAGAAAUGCAAAGAAGAGGCAUAGCCUGGUGAGGAAGGUGUGCUCCCGUGAGCUUCUACAGAGAUGGCGCCUGGGUUCCCCGUACCUCUGCAAGGACUAGUGGGGCUGCUCCUGCUGUGUGCCCUGCCCUGGACUGAAGGUGGAAAGGUACUCGUGAUUCCUGUGGAAGGCAGCCACUGGCUGAGCAUGAGGGAUGUUCUGACAGAGCUCCAUGCCCGUGGUCACCAGAUUAUGGUCGUGGCUCCAGAGGUGUCUAUAUACAUCAAGAAAGAGGACUUCUUCACCCUCAAAACCUAUGCAGUUCCAUACACCAACCAAGGAUAUAAGCGAACAAUUACACACAACUUUAACUUGGUCUUUGAAACAAGAAACUAUGUGAAGACAUUCUUUAAACUCUCCAAAUUUCUAAAAAACAUAUCAACAACUGUCUUGAAGUCUUGCAGGAAUCUACUGCACAAUGAGACACUGCUCCGGCAUCUGAACUCCAGCUCCUUUGAUGUGGUCUUAACGGACCCGGUUUUGCCCUGUGGAGCAGUGCUGGCCAAGUACUUACGUAUUCCUACGGUGUUUUUCCUGCUCUACUUGCCCUGUGACAUAGACUCUGAGGCCACACAGUGUCCAAACCCUUCCUCAUAUAUUCCAAGUCUACUCACAAGGCUUUCUGACCAUAUGAGCUUCCUGCAAAGGGUCAAGAACAUGCUGUACCUUCUCCCCUUGAAGUACCUUUGCCAUAUUACAUUCACUCCCUAUGAAAGCCUUGCCUCUGAGCUUUUGCAGAGACAGGUGUCCUUGGUGGAGGUUCUCAACCAUGCAUCGGUGUGGCUGUUCCGAAAGGACUUUGUGUUUGACUACCCCAGGCCCAUCCUGCCUAACAUGGUCUUCAUUGGGGGCAUAAACUGUGCCAACAGGAAGCCACUCUCUCAGGUCUGUAUUGAAGCCAUCAAUAUUCUAUGCAGAAUUUAUUUUCUACUGCUAACUUUCUUACUAGUCUUUUAAAUGAUUCUUCCCAUUUUUUCUGAUAGCUUUUCCUGACAUAAGCUAUUAGAAUUGGGUCCUUAUGUUUUUCUUUUGUGUGCAGGUUUUUGCCUGUGUGUAUGUUUGUUUAUCAUAUGCAGACAGUGACUGUGGAAGCCAGCGAGAGAAAUGGAUCCCCUGGAACUGGAAUUACAGAUAACUGUGGGCCACCAUGUGGGCACUGGGAAUCGAAUUUAAUUCCCCUCUGGAAGAGAAGCCAUCUCCCCAGCCUUGGAUCCUUCUAUUUUCCAGUGGCCACUGAUAGGGCUAGAGGCUGAGGUGAAGGUCUCUAAUAGACUCAAGAGCAGUGGUGGGUCUCUACUGAGACUGUCCAUGUGUCUGUGUACCAUUUUCCUGAGGGGGAGAUUUCCCAAAUCUGGGCGGGAACAGAGACACUGAGCUGUGACCUGAACUAUCAUGAGGAGUGCUACCUGCAUAUGCCUAGUAGAGGGAUAAAGGGAUUUCAGGCUGCAGUUGUUGGUUCCAUGAGCAUGGGAGGUCUACCCCUUUCCUAGUGUCACCUUCCAUGUCUUCCCUCAGUGUUUAAAAUCUUCAUUCUUUCACAGCCUUAUUCUAAGGUUUCCUUCCUCAGGCGAUUGUCACUGCGGUUCUUGACCAUUUUCACAAUGUAUGCCAUUGCUGAUUAGGAAGGCAAUGGCUAGUUUCAUAUUCUACCACUUUGAAGAAAGUGUUUCUCAUCUCUCAGAAGGUCAGGUGGAGUCUUUAGGGUUGCUUCUGUGUACAGCCAUAUUGUAUGCAAAUGAGGACACUUUCAUGUCUUCCUUUAUUUUUAAGAUUUCUGUUUUCUCCUUUGUCUUGCUCUGACAAGAAUCCUGGCACUGGAUUCAGUGAGGGGACAGAGUGGACACUUUGUUUAGUUCCUGAUUUUAGUGGAAGCGCUUUGAAUUUCUCCCCAUUUCCUGUAAUGUUGGCUACAGUUUUGUGCCACGUAGCUUAUACCAUGUUGAGAUAUGUUCUUCUGACUUGUAUCUACAGGACUUUCUGUAUGAAAGGAUCCUAGGUUUUGCCAAAGGCCUUUUCUGUAUCAUUUUGGAUGACCUGUGAUCUCAGUCCUUUUGUCCACUUUAGUGAUACUUUGCAUUUAUUGAGUUGCCUGUGUUAAACCAACAUUACACUUCAGGUAUAAAGCCAACUAGAUCGUGAUUGAUCUUUUUGAUGUGUCCUUAAAUUUAUCUGGCAAGUAUUAUAGAUUGAGAAAUUCAGAGAGAUUGUUUUGUGUUUUUUUUUCUCUUGUGUGUUUAUGUGGUUUGUGAAUCAUGGUAAUGCUGGCUUCAUAUGGAGUGCGAUAUCGUUCUUUCCACCUAUUUUGUGGAGUCCUUUGAAAAGCAAUGGUGUUAGUUCUUUGAAAGUCUGGUAAGAUUCAAAGGUGCUUCUUGUGGACCUGGGAGGUGCUGAAUUUGGAGGUUUUAAGUAAUUGCUUUGAUUUCCUAUUUUAUACUUCAAAAGACACCGGCUGCACUAUCCCAGAUUAUGCCAUUGUGUUCAGGUCCUUUUACCCAUGUGAAGAGAAUUAAGGAAUGUUGUCUUUUUAGCUGUAUUUCAUUUUCAAUUCAGUAUAAUGUCUUACACAGUUUUCUUAGGUUACCCCAAAGGUAAGCCUGCCAAAAAUCAUUAGUGUGCGGCGUGUAGACUCUGUUAACAGUAUGGACUUCUCAGAUGAGUGUGUACUGCUUUAUCCAGUCAGCUUCUCCCCUGGUCUGUGUACUUGUAUGACAAUGGGGAGACAUGUGUGCCUAAGUGGAGUGUCCUUUCCUU